AUGAAGGAAGAAUUUGAAAUGUCCAUGGUUGAUCAACUAACUUAUUUUCUAGGACUUCAAGUUAAACAGAGUCUUGAAGGCUACUUUAUCUCACAUGAAAAGUAUGCUAAGAAUUUCGUCAAGAUGUUCGAUUUGGAAUCAUGCAAGACACCCAGGACUCCUAUUUCCACCUCCACAAAGGUAUCAAAAGAUGAUACUGGUCCAUCAGUUGAUAACACAGUCUAUCAAAGUCUUAUUGGAAGUCUACUUUAUUUAAUCGCCAGUCGACCAGAUAUAAUGUUCAGUGUUGGGAUGUGUGCAAGAUAUCAAUCUGAUCCCAAAGAGUCACAUUUGAUAGCUGCUAAACGGAUCUUGAAAUACAUCAAGGGAACAAUUCAAUAUGGGAUAUGGUAUUCCAAGGACAGUGAACUCAAUAUGAUUGCAUACUGUGAUGCUGAUUGA